AUGGCACCCCCCAUAACCCUCAACCGUAACUUCCCCCCCACCCCUAACCACGUCUGGUCCCCCUUCGUCAACAAACUCGAGCUCCGCCUCCGCCUCUCCUCCAUCCCCUACACCAUCGCCUCCGGCUCCCUACCCCAAUCCCCCAACAGGAAAAUACCCUACGUGUCCUACCAGCCCUCCCCAAACCACACCCCCGAACUCCUAGGCGACUCAACCCUUAUCACUAAGCGGCUCAUAUCCGACCACCUCCUCCCCGACCUCAACUCUGCCCUUUCCCCGGCAGAAAAAGCCCUUGACCUGUCCAUUAGAGCACUACUGGAAGAUAAACUCCAGUUCUUCAACACCCGCGAGCAAUGGGUCGACAACUACUACCCCAUGAGAGAAGGAAUUCUCGGUCAGGGAGGAGCGGGUCUGCCAUGGGUGAUGCAAUGGCUUAUAGGGGGGAAGAUUUACAAGGAUAUCAUCCGGACGCUCUAUGGGCAGGGGACAGGGAGGUACUCUUCUGACGAGGUGAGGGUAUUGAAGGAGGAGGUGUGGGAAGCUAUAAAUGCUUUUGUUGUGGAGGGGAGGAAUAAAACUCUAGCCCGGAGGAGGGGGAAUGGGGAUAAUGGUGACGAUAAGCCGUUUUGGGUCUUGGGAGGGGAGGGGCCCACGGAAGCGGAUUGCACUUUGUAUGGCAUGGUUGCGGGGAGGUUGAUGUGUAGCAGCGCUGCUCCUGAGACGGGGAGGUUGGUGAGGGGUUAUCCCGCGUUGGUGGAGUACGCGAGGAGGAUUCAUGAUCGAUACUUUGAGGAGUAUGAUCUUUGGGAGGAGGAAAUCUAG